UCGCCUCUCCUUGGGCUCCUGUUUGGGGUUUAUCUGAAUCUGCUGAUUUAAAUAUUCGUGCAGGAUGCUAUUUAACAUGUCUCUUUGGCUGUUAAGGGAGCACAAUGAGUAUUUCAGUUUGCAUUCUUCUAGUUGAGGGUAGAUUUAUCAGCAAGUACUUUGUACUUUUUGCUUCAUUAGUAUUCGGUUUAAUCUUACCAAAGAGCUGGUCUUGUUUCUCAGAUUUUUUGGUUAACAACUAAACAGCAGCAGCAACAACAAAAGAAUAUGCAGUUUAUCAUUAAAUUUUCCAUUCAAGGAUUUUCCUUUCAUCUCUAAGUUCCCUUACAGUUUCCUACAUUUUGUAUUUUCUAAUGUGUAUUCAUUUCGUUGUCUGUAUCCCCUUUUUUCCCUUUAUAAUACACUGUCUUUUUAAUUGCUGCUUUUAUUUCUGCAUUUUGUUGAAGGGGUUUCCAGCCAGGCUUGGCUUUUCUGACUGCAGUAUCCCUGUUGUGGUUGCAGCUUCGUGGUGCUUAAUAAACCCUAACUCCCCGCUUUUGCUCCAAUGUUUAUCCAUGUUUCUCCUACUUGAUAAUUCUAUUCAUAGUGCUGACUUUGGGAGACCGACCUGUUUGAAGUAACAAUCUAUUUUUGAGUGAAUUUGGAGAGAGUGAAACUAUGAGGAAGCCAGAAGUCUAAAACCUAUCAAUACUGAAUGCUUGCCUGCUCUCCAUGCUUUUCACAGUGUGACUACAAACUGUGAGUGCUGUGGUGACGGCAGGGACAUCAUAAAUGUUUUGCAGAGCCCCCUGAUUUUACUUCUUGCAGCCGUGGAGAUUUUUCUGCUGGAUAAUUCGGUUCCCCUCUCGUUAUCUAGUACAGCUGAUAACGCUGCCUCAAACUGUCAGACCAUUCUUGCUCCACCGCUGAAAAGUUUGGAAAAGGUUUAAAGGGAGCUGGAUAAAAUACGAUUACACUUACCAGCUGACAGCUUUUGAUAAGACAGCCCAAACACUGCUUCCCACUUGUUUUGUUUGCCCCUGUAAAGUUUUCUGCCUUGCUAUGUGCUGCUUAAUUUUAUGAAACCGAAGAAGUGGUUUGUUCUGGCAGGUGUAGCUGGGAGGGAAGCCUAAGGAGCAGCUCCAGCGAGAAAUCUGGACCGUCUUCGGUGCCUUUUGUCCUUCUUGUGUUUAUUAAACAGCUCUGGAUGUUGCAAAUGGUCAUUUGUAUUGCUCUGAAAGUGGAAAAGGCGGUCGGGAAAGGGGUUAAGAGGGAAUCCGUUUGGGUGAUUGGCAGCAACCAAAGUAACGUAGAGGCCAGUGCUGCAGCAGGGAACGCGCUGCCCUGGCAGGGGACUCAAACCGCCUGGUACCCUGCGAUUUCUGCAAGGAAACGGUGAAACAAACGCUUUGUGUCUGCUUGGAUGGGUCAAGCCGCCUCCAGCACCUGUCCCAGCCUCCCCCCACCUCGCUGCCCCUCUCUAUAUUUACCCAGGGGGAACUUUCCAAGAAUGGAAGUGGUAAGAUAAAACCCCCGAGGGGCUAAAAUUAGCCCCAGCGCCCUGGCCCUUCUCCCCGCGGUGGCAUUUCAGCUGUGAGCUUGACAGCCUGCGUCAUUCCGGUCGCACAGAGCGGACAUCCAUCCCUGGCGCAGCAAGAUCCUCUCUCUUUCUCUCCUGUUUGUUUUUGUUUGUUUGUUUAAACCAAGGGAGAACUCGCCAUGGGACUGCCGCUGCCUUACAUGCCCUGGCCAUGAGCAUCACCUGCCUCCCAAAGAUGCACGGACAGCUUCCUUCAGCUCAAGAGGUGACAACUCUGGUUUGGGCUUUUCUGGUUGAGGAACAUCAGCGAGCUCCCCGUGCGAGUGCUUAUACUGUCAAAGUAAUGUCCCUUUGGAGAUGCUUAUUUGUGUGUUCAGGGAAUGUUACAGCUAGUUUUUUUUUUUUUACUUUUCCAGACUAUUUCCCUUGGGAAUAUAACUGGGCCAUCUUUUUGAAUCAAAUCUGCAAUAAACCCCCCGCUCUAUGAGCCACAUUGGUGGGUUUCCAAAGCUCCAGAGCUCGUUAUCAGCGUGUCUAAUGAAUAACAGUAAUGUUAUAAUUCCACAUAUUUCUAUAUAAAUUGCCUGGGUUAGUGUAACAGGUGGGAGCACAGCAAAGCUUUGCUGUCGCUCGCUGCCAUCAAACUCGCUCUGCUUAACCAAGGUGCGAAGCUGCGCAGGUGCCCUUGCACGGGGGAUUCCUCUGAGCUCGCACGACUUGCCACCGCAGGCGGAUGUGGGACGCGCCUCCUGUGACUGCCUCGUUACUGCCAGGCUCGUUUGCAGAAAGAGGCUAAUUGCUUGGUGCAGCUCCUUGCCUCCUCCAAGGGAGGAUCAGAGGAGCCGCUUGGGGAGACCGAGCUCUGCCACUGCCACCUCUCCCCGAGGAAAUACGAGAUGCUGCGGGGCUGCGACGUGGCGAGACAUUCCUCUGCCCUUCCCGGCGGGCGGCAUUUCCCAGCUGCUCAGGUGCCGGCCGGGACAUCGCAUUCCUCUCCCCUGCUGCCGUUCGGCUACGGCGAGGCCGGGUCCUGCACCAAGUGCCUGGCAAACGUGUUGGGGUUCAGUCCCAGCUCUGGUGUCAUCAGCUCGGCAUCCCCUCACCUUCCUCCCACCACUCCGUACCCCCCACUAUAAAAAUCCCAGACGCUUCUUGCAGCCGUACUCCUCGGGCUGGAGUAGGCAGGAGCGAGGAGAGGGUUUGCUGAAUUCAAACGUUGACGUCGUCUCGGGAAGGGCGGUGCUGGAAGUCCUUAAUCAAACCAGCCACCUUCACGUUCACUUCAUCUCCUAUUUUGAAAUCUAAUCCCUUUAAAAAGUGGCAGGGUGUAAAAACCUUGCCAUGCUGCCAGCUUCUAAAUCAAAAUUCCUCAGCGUUUUCCGUGCAUUCCAACGUACUUGGAAGUGCAGGUGCUGGUGAGGCUUCCAACAGAAGCAUUGGCCGAUACAAAUUGGAGUUGAUUUUCGCUGUUUUCCAACGUGCUCUUCACUCAGCAUCUCCCACAGAGAGCAGCUGGAUGGGGCAAUUUCUGAGGAUUUUGGGAGAAUGGGUGGUUUCAUCCACUGGUGGGGUGCAGAGUCCUUGCAAGAGCCUGUGGCCACCCAGGAGCCAUCCUGAGCUCAAGAUCUUUGGCUUUACCUUUUAUGAUGAAAGCGGUACAUGGGAGACAGACCAAAAAAAAAUGAGCCUAAUGGAUAUCACUAAAAUGUUCUCCAUGCUCCAGCCCAGAGAAGACGAAGACGACAACGGAGAAAGCGAGGAGCUGAACCGAGCAGUAUCUGAGGACAAUUACCAAACCCUUGAUAGCCUCUUGUCCCAAGACAGGUACAAGAGGUUCAUCAACCGCCGGAGCGGCUGGGGCGUACCCAGCACCCCGCUGCGUCUGGCCGCCACGUGGGGCCGUGUCAGGACAAUGAAGGUCCUCUUGGCCCACGGAGCGGAGGUGGACAGCCUGGACGUGAAGGCUCAAACCCCGCUCUUCAUGGCGGUCAGCAAUGGCCACCGGGAAUGCGUGAAGGUCCUCCUGGACGCAGGGGCCAACCCCGUCGGCAGCAUCUACAACAACUGCUCGCCGCUUCUCAUCGCCGCGAGGGAUGGGAACGUGGACAUCCUGCAGCAGCUCCUGGACCACGGCGCGGAAACCAACGUUCAAGCGAGGUUGCCCGAGUGGGCCGCCAACUCGGUGGCUUGUUCUGGUCCCCUCUACCUCGCCGCCGCGUACGGGCACCUGGAGUGUUUCAAAAUGCUGUUGCUUUACGGUGCCGAUCCCGACUAUAACUGCACCGAGGAGAGGGUGAUCGCCCAGAUCAAGGAGCCCAAGACUCUGCUGGAAACCUGCCUGAGGCACGGCUGCAGGACCGAGUUCAUCGAGCUGCUUAUUGACUUUGGAGCCAACGUGUACUUGCCCAACGUCACGGUAGAUGAGACGGCACCCCGCAGCGAGGGCCUGGAGCUGCUGCUACGGGCAAGAGCUCAUCCCAAGUCCUUGAUGUCCCAGUCCAGGCUGGCGAUGAGACGCCUCCUGAAGCAGGCUGGCCGCCCGCACGCCCUCGGCGAGCUGGAUAUCCCGACGGUCCUGGCGAACUACCUCCGACACCAGCCGUGACGCACAGCCCACCACGAGAGACACCUACCCCCUACGUGUGUCCAGCACCCCAAUUAAAAGCCGCUCUGACAUCUG